UUUCAUUUUUGUUGCUUUGUGGACCACUGUCACACUACACAUGUGCGCUGAGACAAAACUCAAUUGAGUAACAUAUUUUUUUAAAGAAGAGAAGUUCCCGGCAGUUACACAAAAUGUCAGUCCGAGCCAUUGGAGUGCUGGGCCAGGCGCGACACCUGGGCCGCCUUGCGGGGACGAUGCGUCAAUGCCUUCGCCCCGCUUGGGGUGCCCUCCAUCGCGCGGUGGAUUCGAAGCGGUCACCGGCCGGCUUUCAGAUGCGGGGCUUUGCCACCGAAACAGAGGCCAAGACUGGGUCUGUUGUAGACAAGCACGAGUUUCAGGCGGAAACGCGUCAGCUACUAGACAUUGUGGCCCGCUCGCUGUACUCUGACCAUGAGGUUUUCGUCCGAGAGCUUAUUUCUAAUGCCAGCGAUGCUCUAGAAAAAUUCCGUUAUACACUUCUUAGCAGCGGGGAAGCGGAGCUGGCGGGCAUGGAUCGGCCCCUAGAGAUCCGCAUCACCACGGACAAGCCACAAAUGCAGCUGAUUAUCCAAGAUACGGGAAUUGGAAUGACAAAGGAGGAGUUGAUAAGCAACCUUGGUACAAUUGCUCGCAGCGGCUCCAAGCAGUUUCUGGAGCAAAUGAAGGACAGCCAAAAAGGCGCUUCGUCAGAGGCUUCAUCCAACAUUAUCGGACAGUUCGGCGUGGGCUUCUACUCGGCUUUCAUUGUAGCCAACAAGGUGGAGGUCUAUACUCGGGCGGCCGUGUCAAAUGCACCUGGAUUGCGAUGGUCUACAGAUGGAAGCGGGUCGUAUGAGAUCGAGGAGACAUCGGACGCCGAGCUGGGAACGAAAAUCGUGUUGCACCUGAAAACUGAUUGCCGAGAGUACGCUGACGAGGAGCGCAUCAAGGCAGUAAUAAAGAAGUACAGCAACUUCGUGGGCUCACCGAUCCUUCUGAACGGUAAACAGGCUAACGAGAUCAAACCAUUGUGGCUAUUAGAUCCUCAAAGUAUCAGCAAGGAACAGCACCACGACUUUUAUCGCUUCAUUAGCAACAGCUUUGAUAUCCCUCGCUUCACACUCCAUUACAAUGCCGAUGUGCCGCUAAGCAUUCAUGCGCUUCUCUACUUCCCGGAGGGCAAACCUGGUCUGUUCGAGAUGUCUCGCGACGGAAACACUGGCGUGGCCCUAUAUACUCGCAAAGUGCUCAUCCAAUCUAAAACCGAGCACUUAUUGCCCAAGUGGCUGCGCUUCGUGAAAGGCGUAGUCGACUCAGAAGACAUUCCACUGAAUCUCAGCCGCGAACUGCUGCAGAACAGUAGCCUUAUCCGCAAGCUCUCCAGUGUGAUAUCAACCCGAGUGAUUCGCUUCCUGCAGGAACGCGCCAAGAAGCAACCAGAAGAGUAUGAGGCCUUCUAUCGGGACUACGGACUCUUCUUGAAGGAGGGAAUCGUUACUUCCAACGAUCCUGCCGAGAAGGAGGAGAUCGCCAAGCUUCUGCGCUUUGAUUCUUCCAAGUCAGAGACUCAAAGUGGUCGUAUGUCUCUGGAGGAAUACUACAAGACAGUUCCAGCUGAUCAGCAGAAUAUUUACUACCUGGCAGCCCCCAACCGAGUCCUGGCUGAGUCGUCGCCUUACUACGAGAGUCUAAAGAAGCGUAACGAACUAGUUAUAUUCUGUUAUGAGCCCUAUGACGAGCUGGUUCUCAUGCAGCUGGGCAAGUUCAAGAGCAAAAAUCUGGUAUCUGUAGAGAAAGAGAUGCGAGAGGAAUCCAAAGAUGUCAAUGCUGCCACCGAUUUUGGCGAAGGCAGCCUUCUGCGCUCUGAACUGGACUCUCUAAUACCCUGGCUGGAAGGAGAACUAAAGGGCCAUGUCGUGAAGGUAAAGGCCACCUCUCGCUUGGACACACACCCGUGUGUAAUCACCGUUGAGGAAAUGGCAGCGGCACGUCACUUUAUUCGCACCCAAAGCCAUCAGGUUCCCGAGCAGAAUCGAUUUGCACUUCUGCAGCCCGAGUUAGAAAUCAACCCAAAGCACCCUAUCAUCAAAAAGCUCAAUAAGCUUCGCGAGAGCGACCAGGAGCUGGCCCAGUUAAUAGCUAAGCAGCUGUUUGCAAAUGCAAUGGUGGGUGCCGGGUUGGCGGAGGAUCCUCGCAUGCUCUUAACCAAUAUGAACACCCUGCUGGCACGGGCAUUAGAAAAGUACUAAAAUACGGCUCUUUUGUUAAAAUUUACCGUUAAUUCGUGUAAUUAGUUAAUAAUAAAUGUUAAAAUAGGUAUAAAAUUAA